UAAUAUAAACUAUACGCAGCACUUCAAAUUUUAAAAUCUUAAGAGAUAUUUCAGUAUUGGUAAAAGUUUACAAUGAAAUUAUCACUAUUUAAACAUUAAACUUAGCGUAAUAAUAAAUAACUAACAGUAAUUCGUGGAAAACAUCAACAUUUAUAGGUUAUCUUAAAUAUGUUGGUAUCAUAGAAGUGAAAAUCUUGUUUUUUUCGUUAAUUUUAGCCUAAACUACGCCAAUUUCUGCUCGCUGAGAUUCUAAUAAUACUGAACCACCUCACAAUCAAAUGUACAAACAGUAAGUUACAGAGUUACGCCACUAACACACAAUUUUACAAAUAAAUAACGCUUUGCAGCUUGAAAUGAAUCCGAAACCUGCGCACGCAGCGUUGGAACCAAUUAAGUUCCUGCUGGGCACAUGGCGUUCAAUUUCCGCACAUGGUAAAUUCGCCGAGCGCGUCGCACCUUUCGUCUACUGCGAGCAGCUGGAGUUCACCACAUGCGGCCAGCCAAUGUUAAACUACACCUCAACUUCAUGGCAUGCAGUAGAUAAAUACCCAAUGCACAUGGAGACGGGUUUCAUGCGCAUUAUUCCCAACACAAACAACGUGAAUCUCUUCCUCGCGCAUAAUUUCGGUCUUACCACAAUCGAGGAAGGUUUCGUAGCUGAAACCAGCUUGAAAUUAAAAAGCACCAGUGUAAGCCGCUCGCCAAAUGUGAAAACACCGAAAGUUCUCGGCAUCGAACGCAAUCUCACCCUCUUAGAUGACGGGAAGUUACAGCUGGUGCUUUACAUGUCCACGAAUGAGGUGCCGGAGAUGACGCAGCAUUUAGCUGUAAUCUACGAGAAAGUAAUUGAAUAAAUAAGUGUAGAAUCUGU